AGUCUGAUGAGAUGCUAAAAAUUCUCAGAAAUAGAAAAGCUGAUAAAGAAAUUGAGGGGGAAACCCCAAGAAAUCGCAUAUUUGUAUAUGAACUAAGAGAAAUGUUGGAACAAAGGAAGAAAGCUCCUAAUGAAUUUACAGCAGAGAAAUUAUCAACUCAUUAUAAUCUAGAUACAUCAACUAUAGAAACCUUAUUAAAGCACAUAAAUACAUUUACAUUAACCGGAGGCGUAAAAUCAAGGGCAGCGUGGGUUGAGGACAGUCGAUUAUUUAGAAAAAAUGAGAAUUAAAGAACGGACAAGAUCUCAUCACGCAAGUUACACGUAAUUUCCAAAAUUUUGUGAAAUAUAAAAUAACAAUAAUGAUUGAUAUAUUUUAUUUUGAGUUGUUUUUU